AUGACAAAUACUUUUCCGUUUCUGUCUAAAAGCGAAGAAGACGAAUUGCAGCAAUCAACGCGAAAGAAGUUGCCGACUUUCGUACGGUCAUACGACCAAGGUGUACUAAAACUUGCUCAACGUAUUGCAAUGGCUCAAGCAAUUGGGGCACGAGAAGAGCAAUGGGUAUCGCGCGUUGUAGAUUAUUCAUCGCAGUAUAAUAAUGAUACGUGGGCUGCUCAUCAAAUCAUUGGACCACCGAAAGUCUACCCACGAUAUGGUGAUUUGAAUGGUGCUUGGGCUCAAGGAAAUCGAGCGAAUAAUGAAUUUAUCGUCAUCGAAUUUUCACGAGCUGUCAAUCCCGAACAGAUUGACAUUUACGAAACCUACAAUGCAGGUGCAGUUGUUAAAGUCGGUGUACGUAAUGGUGGUCACCCGAACGCGGAUUGGGAAACAAUCUGGCAAGUCAAUAGCCCUCACGUUGAGGCUAGAUCUCGUAUAUUUUCCAUUCCAUGUUCAAAUAAAAUAAGCUAUGGUAUCAAUCAAAUUCGUUUGGAAGUCAACUGCACUGCUGCUGGUAGUUGGUGUGAAAUCGAUUGUGUCAAACUAAUUGGACAUUCAUCGUAUCACGAUAUUGCCCACCGAGAAUUAAUUAUGAAUCUUAAACAAUUUCUGAAAGAUGAUUGUCUCGCUGAUGUCGUUUUUCAGCUCGACGGUGGACAAACUAUAUCAGCGUAUCGAAAUCUCCUUCGUACUCGUUGUCAUUAUUUCUCAUUACUAUUUGAUGAACAUGGAACGAAUACUGAAACACCUAUUCCAAUAGGAAACAUCUCUUACGAUGCAUUUUAUCAAAUUUUGAAUUAUACUUACACAGAAACCAUUGAUUCAACAUUGAACUACGAAGUUUAUCUAGAAUUAAUGCGCAAAGCCGAUGAGUAUUAUCUCAGUCCGAUCUAUGACGACGCAUUUGGCUUCAUCAAGAAAUUAGUUAAUUCCCGGAACGUACUGAAAAUCUAUCUGUCCGCCUGUUCACCAAUUGAUGCCGAAGGAAAUCCUACACUUAUUCUCACCGAUGUGAUUGACUAUUGCGUUGGAUUUGUCCAAAGACAUCGACAGGAAGUUUACAAAAGUGAUGAAAUGCAUCUCUUACCCAAAGAUAUGCUAUUAAAACUUGUUCAACUGGUACUGUGA